AUGUGCGAGACGUUGGACAACAAGAAGCAGCCAACCGCCAGCAGCCACCGCCGUAAAUGCAAGGAGAUGAUGGACAAGGCGAAAGAUCUGCACCCCUGGUUCGGCAUGGAGCAAGAGUACACGCUGUGCGACAUCGACGGUCACCCUUUCGGAUGGCCGAAAAACGGAUUCCCCGGACCCCAGGGCCCUUACUGCUGCGGCGUCGGCGCGAACAAGGUGUACGGCCGUGACAUCGUCGAAGCUCAUUACCGCGCGUGUAUCUACGCUGGCAUCAAGAUCUCUGGCGAGAACGCUGAAGUCAUGCCCGGACAAUGGGAAUUCCAGGUUGGACCUUGCAGGGGCAUCGAAAUGGGCGACCAGCUAUGGAUUACACGCUUCCUGCUUCACCGUGUCGCCGAGGAAUUCGGAGUCCUGGCCUCGCUCGACCCGAAGCCAAUCAAGGGCGACUGGAACGGUGCCGGUUGCCACACGAACUUCUCAACGCAGCCGAUGCGCGAGGAGGGCGGUCUGAACGAAAUCAUCGAAGCCAUCAAUCGGUUGUCUGUGGUCCAUAAUCAGCACAUCGCCUACUACGACCCGCAAGAGGGCAAGGAUAACGAGCGUCGUCUGACCGGCCACCACGAAACUGCCUCCAUCAACCAGUUCUCG